CACGUUUUCUACGUUGCACUUUACACCAUAAUCUUUGUGAGAGUUUUUUUUUUUUCUUAAAAUUUAAUCGCACUAAACUAAUGUUCAAACAAUACGGAAAAAUGAUCUUCAAUAUGUAGCGCGCCGGGCAGGCCACGGCAGGGCGGAGCUCAGGAUCACGUGACUGCCCAGGCCCGCCCCGCCACUGCAGCUGAAGACUUCCCCUCCCUCAGUGACAGAGCCUGUGGGUCCGUGAUCUGUACAGUUUCUGCACCUCGCGCACUGGCAGGUAAAUUAACACAAUGGAUUUCUCCAAGCUACCCAAAAUACUCGAUGAAGAUAAAGAAAGCACAUUUGGUUAUGUGCAUGGGGUCUCAGGACCUGUGGUCACAGCCUGUGACAUGGCAGGAGCAGCCAUGUAUGAGCUGGUGAGAGUGGGCCACAGUGAGUUGGUUGGAGAGAUUAUCCGAUUGGAGGGUGACAUGGCUACUAUCCAGGUGUAUGAAGAAACCUCUGGUGUGUCUGUUGGAGAUCCUGUACUCCGCACUGGUAAACCCCUCUCCGUAGAGCUUGGUCCUGGCAUUAUGGGAGCCAUUUUUGAUGGUAUUCAAAGACCUUUGUCGGAUAUCAGCAAUCAGACCCAGAGUAUCUACAUUCCCCGAGGAGUGAAUGUGUCUGCUCUUAGCAGAGAUAUCAAAUGGGAUUUUACACCUUGCAAAAAUCUACGGGUUGGUAGUCACAUCACUGGUGGAGAUAUUUAUGGAAUUGUCGUUGAGAAUUCGCUCAUCCGACACAAAAUCAUGUUACCCCCACGAAACAGAGGAACUGUAACGUACAUCGCUCCACCUGGAAAUUAUGAUACCUCUGAUGUUGUCUUGGAGCUUGAAUUCGAAGGUAUAAAGGAGAAGUUCAGCAUGGUCCAAGUGUGGCCUGUACGUCAAGUUCGGCCUGUCACUGAGAAGCUGCCAGCUAAUCAUCCUUUGCUGACUGGCCAGAGAGUCCUUGAUGCCCUUUUUCCAUGUGUACAGGGAGGAACUACUGCAAUCCCUGGGGCUUUUGGCUGUGGAAAGACAGUGAUAUCUCAGUCUCUAUCCAAGUAUUCCAACAGUGACGUGAUCAUCUAUGUAGGAUGUGGUGAAAGAGGAAAUGAGAUGUCUGAAGUCCUCCGUGACUUCCCAGAGCUCACGAUGGAAGUUGAUGGUAAGGUGGAGUCAAUUAUGAAGAGGACGGCUUUGGUAGCCAAUACCUCCAACAUGCCCGUGGCUGCCAGAGAGGCCUCCAUUUAUACUGGAAUUACACUAUCCGAAUAUUUCCGGGACAUGGGUUAUAACGUCAGUAUGAUGGCUGACUCUACCUCUCGAUGGGCUGAGGCCCUUAGAGAAAUCUCUGGUCGCUUAGCUGAAAUGCCUGCAGAUAGUGGAUAUCCUGCAUAUCUUGGUGCCCGUCUGGCCUCUUUCUAUGAGCGAGCAGGCAGGGUGAAAUGUCUUGGAAAUCCUGAAAGAGAAGGGAGUGUCAGCAUUGUAGGAGCAGUUUCUCCACCUGGUGGUGAUUUUUCUGACCCGGUUACAUCUGCUACUCUUGGUAUUGUUCAGGUGUUCUGGGGCUUAGAUAAGAAACUGGCUCAACGUAAGCACUUCCCCUCUGUCAACUGGCUAAUCAGCUACAGCAAGUACACGCGUGCUUUGGAUGAGUACUAUGACAAACACUUCACAGAGUUUGUUCCUCUGAGGACCAAAGCUAAGGAGAUUCUGCAGGAAGAAGAAGACCUGGCAGAAAUUGUGCAGCUUGUGGGAAAGGCUUCUCUAGCAGAAACAGAUAAAAUCACUCUGGAGGUAGCCAAACUUAUCAAAGAUGAUUUCCUACAACAAAAUGGAUAUACUCCUUAUGACAGGUUCUGCCCCUUCUACAAGACAGUGGGGAUGCUGUCCAACAUGAUUGCGUUUUACGACAUGGCCCGUAGAGCUGUUGAAACCACUGCCCAGAGUGACAAUAAAAUCACAUGGUCCAUUAUCCGUGAGCACAUGGGGGAGAUUCUCUAUAAACUUUCCUCCAUGAAAUUCAAGGAUCCAGUGAAAGAUGGUGAGGCAAAGAUCAAGGCCGACUAUGCACAACUUCUUGAAGAUAUGCAGAAUGCAUUCCGUAGCCUUGAAGAUUAGAACUGUGGUUUCUUUCCUCCUUU